CUUCAUCUUCAUCUCUCGUCUCCCCUGUAGCAGUCGGGAAUUACUUUAGCUUCUGUGGAAGACAGUGGAUUUGCUUUCAUUAUUUGAGUCUGAGUUUUUUGAAAGAUCCUCCAAGCGGAAAGUCCAUAUCAAACUGGACAGCAUCACAGAGACCUACCAGUGCUUGGAUCUCGGUCACUUCAAGUACUACCAAUUGCUUAAGUCCGUGGUUCUUCUAGGGACUUGUUCAAUGUUUGAAUCUUGACUCAUACAAGUAUAUGCUGGCUUUCAUAUCUUUGAUAAUACUGUUAUCACCAAAUCAUUGACCGGUAUUCCUUGUCUUCCAUCUCGUUUUACCUCAUCAGCAUCUAGAACUAUCCCAGUUACGGACUCCGUUCGCAGUGCAUUCCUCGGUCGUCCCGACGUUUAUUCUAUUACAAGAGAAAUGGGUCUUCCUAGGCUCCGAAUUGAUGGCCAGAUAUUCAGAGACCCGCAUAACCGGGAGAUCACACUGAGGGGCAUUAAUGUUGCAGGGGAUGCUAAAUAUCCCAAAACCCCAGAUGUCCCGUCAUUUGUCUCUGAUCACUUCUUUGAAGGCGAUACUGUCUCUUUUGUUGGCCGGCCCUUUUCUUUAGAUGACGCACAUAAGCAUUUUGCGAGGUUACGAGGUUGGGGCUACAAUACCAUAAGAUACAUCUUCACCUGGGAGGCGAUUGAGCAUGCCGGUCCUGGCACAUACGACGAUGAGUGGAUAUCAUUCACAAUUGAGGUUCUUCGGGUAGCAAAGAAAUAUGGAUUUUAUAUUUUCUUGGAUCCUCACCAGGAUGUGUGGUCCCGGUUCUCUGGGGGGUCCGGUGCGCCCCUAUGGACGCUCUAUGCAGCGGGCCUGAAUCCUUUGUGCUUUAAGAAGAACGAGGCGGCCUUAGUUCACAACACGUACGAUGAUCCAGCAGAGUUCCCCAAGAUGGUCUGGAGUACAAACUAUGCGCGACUUGUUAAUCUGACGAUGUGGACAUUAUUUUUUGGCGGACGAGACUUUGCCCCUAAAGCUAUUAUCAAUGGUAUCAACAUUCAGGACUACCUGCAAGGUCAUUUCAUCGCCGCAUGCCGAUAUUUUGCACAAAAAAUCCACGAAGCCGGUGAUUUGGAAGAGGAAGUGGUUAUCGGCUGGGAGAGUUUAAACGAGCCUAGUCGAGGUCUCAUCAGUAUAAAGGACAUAUCAGUGAUUCCUCCAGAGCAGCAACUUCAGCUAGGAACGUCUCCAACAGCUUUCCAGGCAAUGCUAACAGGUUCUGGGAGACCUUGUGAGGUUUCGACAUGGGCAUUUGGUGGCUUCGGUCCCUAUCAAACUGGUCGGCAAUUGGUUGACCCCGAGGGUGAGUCUGCAUGGUUACCAGCGGACUAUGAUGACAGCAAAUAUGGCUGGACGAGGGAUCCAGGCUGGAAACUGGGACAAUGUAUAUGGGCUCAGCACGGAGUCUGGGAUCCUUCUUUGGAUAAGCUCCUGCAAAAGGAUUACUUCUCCAAGAAUCCCACUACUGGAGAGAUCCUUGAUUAUGAGAAGUUUACGAAUACGUAUUUUAUGGAUUACUACAGGGCAUACAGAGAUGCUAUCCGAAGCGUAUGGCCAGAGUCUAUAAUGUUUUGCCAACCUCCCAUUCUGGAAAUACCUCCAGACCUGAAGGGUACGGUUGAUGAUGACCCAAAUAUGGUCCAUGCUGUGCAUUUUUAUGACGGCCUUACCAUUAUGACCAAGCAUUGGAAUCGGGUUUAUAAUGUCGAUGUCAUAGGUGUGCUCCGCGGCAAAUACUUUACCCCGGCAUUUGCUCUCAAGAUCGGAGAGACUGCUAUCAGAAACUGCCUACGUGACCAGCUCAAAUUCCUUAGGGAGGAAAGUCUGAAUUAUAUGGGUAGUCACCCUCUCAUAUUUACCGAAAUCGGCAUUCCAUACGAUAUGGAUGAUAAAUACGCCUACAAAACCGGCAACUAUAGUAGUCAAACAAGCGCCAUGGAUGCAAACCAUUAUGCUCUGGAGGGAAGCGGCUCCAAUGGAUUCACUCAGUGGCUUUACACGACCAAUAAUGACCACGAAUGGGGUGAUCAGUGGAAUGGAGAGGAUCUAUCAAUCUUCUCGGCUGAUGAUCGCUUACUUCCAUCCGGAGAAGCCGUGGGUCUCAGUAACGAAUCAUCCCCUGCCUUCUCGGAAAGCCAGAGCAACGUGCUCAGUCAGCAAGUCGGUCCUCAGAAUCUCAAGCAUGCACUGGCAUCGCCGUCCAUAUCGUCCGAUUGUUCCCAAAUGUCAGACAAGGAUAAACUGGGCUACCGAGCAGCAGAGGCAUAUAUUCGGCCCAGUCCUGUUUACACGAACGGCAAACGUUUGAGCCACGGUUUUGAUCUGCGAAACUGCACGUUUACACUGUCAUUGGUGGCAAGGGAGCCCACUUCAGAGGACGCGCCGACGGAGAUCUAUUUGCCCGACUUCCACUUUCCAGACUCGAGUACAGUAGUUGCUGUCAGUGACGGGAAAUGGACUCUUGACCGUGAAGAGGUCAAUUCCGUGAAACUCCUACGUCUUAAAUGGUGGCACGGUAAAGGUAACCAGGACAUUAAGAUACAGGGCCUGAAGCGCAAGCCGGGAGAAUUUGCAAAUCCUCGUGGUAGUGAAGAUGUGUCGUAUCUCGAGCAAUGCCAAAGGGGAGGAUGCUCGGUGAUGUAAUAGAUGCGAGGGUACCGUUUGGAUUUUCAUCUUUGUUUUUUGGUGAACUUUGUCUGAGAAUCCCAGAUUGUUGUCUGUUUAGAAUAGCGAGUCAAUAAUGUAUCGAACUGAGCUUAACUUGAUA